UCCACCACCACCUCCACCACCUCCACCACCACCACCACUAUGGCCGACAACAAAAUUAGUUCCUUGGUUAAAUACGACACGCCAGUCCUCGUGACCACCAAGAAGAAGGACGAGAGUGAUAAGGUUCCCAUGUUGAGUAUGAGAGAUGGUAUUCCUACAGACAUAUCAGAGACCAGCAGCACCAGCGCCCCGGGUCUGAGCGGUCCCCUGCCCCGCGGAGGCCCCCUGGGAACAGCCCCCGCGCCUCGCCUCAAGCUGCCGCCCCUGCACGAGUUACGGAAGAAGGAGACGGAGGAGAUCCUGAACCUGAUCCUGCCGCCGAGGGAGUGGGAGGAGGAGGGCCAGCUAUGGGUACAGAGUGUGUCGACCACCCCCGCCACCUCGGUAGACGUCCAGCAGCUUCAGGAGGAACUUGAUUUGCGUCUGGAGGAGCAGCAAGCCUUCGAGACUGGCAUCUGUCCCGUCAGGAGGGAGCUCUAUACGCAGUGCUUCGACGAGUUGAUCCGCCAGGUGACCAUCAACUGUGCGGAACGGGGCCUUCUUCUCUACCGCGUGAGGGACGAGAUACGAGAGACCCUGGACGCCUACCAACGCCUCUACACCUCCUCCUGUGCCUACGGCGUGAGGAAGGCGCUGAUGGCCGAGGAACACAAGGUGAAGGUCGGGGCGCGGUGCGAGGAGCUGCGGGGACAAGUUCGCGAGCUCCAGCAGCAGGCCACCACGCUGAAGCAGGACAUCGAGCAGGUGGAGAGGGAGGCGCAGGAGGCGAGGCAGGCCGAGGCGGACAAGCACGAGGAGACCAAGCGUGUGCACCAGGCCAGGAUAGAGAUUCUCAAGGUGGGUGAGGAAGGGUAGAGGAUGGAGGAGGGUAGGAAAGGGAUU